AUGUUGAAAAAUAUUGCUCUCGGCCUGCUGGCUGCCCAGAGCGCCGCUGCGGCGCGGUUCGCUAUGUACAUUGAUGAAUAUCACACCGUCGAUCUCCCUGGAAGCGACCAAACCGGCCAAAUUGAUCACGCGAUCAUGGCAUUUGCGCCAACAAAGCUGUUCAACUCUGACUCCACUCCUUCGUUCACGCCAUUCGAGCCUGUGGACACUAUGCGCAAGCGCUUCGGCCCUGACACCAAGGUUAUGAUUGCCAUUGGUGGCUGGGGUGACACUGCAGGCUUCUCUGAUGGAGCCAAGGAUGACACCAGCCGCAAGCGCUUCGCGAAGAACGUCGCUGCCAUGCUUGACGCUAACAACUUCGAUGGAGUCGAUAUUGACUGGGAGUACCCCGGCGGUAACGGCCAGGACUACAAGCAAGUCCCCAACUCGGACAAGGUCGACGAGAUCCAGACCUACCCCAAGUUCCUCGCAGCUGUCCGCGAGGCUAUCGGCAACAAGACCCUUUCCAUCGCCGUCCCCGGCCGCAAACAGGACAUGAUUGCUUUUACCGAAGAGCAAAGCCCUGAGAUCUUCAAGUCGGUCGACAUGGUCAACGUGAUGACCUACGAUCUGAUGAACCGCCGCGACAACGUUACCGCUCACCACACUAGUGUCGAGGGAUCUCUGGAUACUGUCCAGGCUUAUCUUGAUUUGGGUCUCGAGCCCGAGAAAGUCAACCUUGGCUUUGCUUACUAUGCGAAGUGGUUCACCACUGAUCCUAACUCUGACUGCAAGGAGCAGCCGAUUGGUUGCCAGGUGGUCAAGCUCGAGAACGAUGAUGGUAGUGAUAAUGGCAAGUCUGGGGCUUUCACCUUUGAGAAGGGCAAUAUGGAUCCUCCUCCUGCCAACUUGACCACUUCGUACAACGGCAGGUGUGGCUACUCCGAGGGUACCAAGUGCCCAAGCGGGUCAUGCUGCAGCGCCUACGGUAACUGCGGAUCUGGCGACGACUUCUGCAUGGCGGGCUGCCAAUCCGACUACGGUACUUGCAAGGGCAUCUCCAUCACCGACUCUUGGCGCCGCGCUUCCCAGGACGGUCAGACCGAUGAUCAGCAGGGCGGUCAGUACUACUGGGACGAGGAGACCAACCUCUUCUGGACUUGGGAUACACCCGACCUCAUCGCUCGCAAAUUCUCGGAUAUCAUGCAGGCUAAGAAUUUGGGUGGUGUUAUGGCCUGGUCACUGGGCGAGGAUACCUACCAGUUUGCUCACCUGGAUGCUAUGCAGAAUGGCGUCCAGCAGACUACUCAACAGAGCGCUGAUGAGUGA